AUGUACCGCUCGGGAGGUGUGAUGCUGGGGCUUCUCGCCGCUCUGCAGGUGGCGGUCCAGGGCAUGGGGGCGAUGCCGUGUCAGCCGGGUUUCACUGAGAACGAGUACAACGUCAUGACCGCCGACGUCAUCACCAAGGGACAAGUUCUGCUCAAAGUGGAUUUCGUAGACUGUGGCAGAGGUUCUGGCUUGCGUUUCGAGAGCGGAGACCCUGCAGAUUUCCGGAUAGAGGCAGAUGGGACGGUUUUUGCAACACGAACCCUGCAGCUAUCUGACAGGAAGGGGCAGAGCCUGGAGAUUAAGGCCAAGGACGUGAAGUCUCAAGAGGAAUGGCUGGUGCACGUCAACUUCACCCAACCCAAGCAGGUGCCAGAGAUCCUGUUUCCGUGGCACAGUGUGGUUGUCAAGGGCGACAGCAGUGUGAAUCGCGUGAAAAGAGACUGGGUCAUUCCUCCCGUCAAUGUGCUUGAGAACUCCAGAAAACAAUUCCCUGAAGAGCUUGUGAAAAUCCAGUCGGAUAAGGACAAGAGUAACACACUGCGCUAUAGUGUGACUGGACCAGGAGCCGACCAGAACCCCACCGGCCUGUUUAUCAUCGACCCCAUAACAGGAUACCUGUCCGUCACCAAACCACUGGACAGAGAACACAUCCCAAAUUUCCAUCUACGUGCUCAUGCUGUAGACAUCAAUGGGAACCAGAUGGAGAACCCCAUUGACAUUAUCAUCAAUGUCAUCGAUAUGAACGACAACCGGCCCGAGUUCACUCACCAGAUCUGGAACGGAACCGUGGACGAGGGCGCCAAACCAGGUACGUUUGUAAUGACAGUGACCUCCCAGGAUAAGGAUGACCCAAAUACAGCCAAUGGGAUGCUCAGAUACAAGAUCCUCUCCCAGACCCCAGAGAGCCCCUCCUCCAACAUGUUCACUAUCAACAACAAGACUGGCAAAAUCAUCACUGUAGCUGCAGGUCUAGAUCGUGAGAAGGUGCCUCAGUACACCCUGAUCAUUCAGGCUACCGACAUGGAGGGAAACCCCACCUAUGGUCUGUCCAACACCGCCACUGCUGUCAUACGCCUGCUGGAUGUCAAUGACAACGCUCCAGAGUUCACCCGAGAGACUUUCCACGGUGAGGUCCCAGAGAACCGUGUGAAUGUGAUAGUGACGAAUCUCACCGUGACUGACAAAGAUGAACCGGGGACUCCUGCCUGGAAUGCAGUCUACCGGAUCAUAGCAGGGGAUCCAACCGGACGCUUCUCCAUCCCUACUGAUCCCGUUACCAACGAAGGCCUCGUUACCGUAGUCAAGCCAAUUGAUUUUGAGAUGAAUCGAUCAUUCAUGCUGACGGUUGUCGCUGAAAAUGAGGUGCCACUGGCGAGUGGGAUCCAUCGCACCCGCCAGUCUACAUCCACCGUGUCCAUACGUGUCAUCGACGUGAACGAAAGCCCAAAUUUUGAGCCCAACCCCAAACAGGUCAAACUGGAGGAGGGACUUCCACAGUGGUCGAUGCUGACGGCUUUUACAGCUCAUGACCCAGACAGAUACAUGCAGCAGACUAUUAGGUACUCUAAAUUGUUUGACCCUGCCAACUGGCUAGAGAUCGACCCCAACAACGGACGUAUUUCCACCAUUGCUGUCUUGGACCGAGAGUCUCCAUAUGUCAAAAACAACCUCUACAAUGCCACAUUCAUGGCCGCUGAUAACGGUGUUCCCCCUGCGAGUGGGACGGGUACACUGCAGAUCUACCUGCUGGACAUAAAUGAUAACGCACCUCGAGUCUUCCCUCAAGAAACAGAAGUGUGCGAACGCCCCGAACCCAAUGCGAUCAAUAUCACAGCCGUAGACGGAGAUCUCAACCCCAAUGCUGGGCCCUAUGCUUUCGAACUGCCCAACCGACCCUCAGACAUCCGCAGGAAUUGGACACUGACUCGAAUCAGUGGCGAUCAUGCUCAGUUAAGUCUGAAGAUAAGUUAUCUGGAAAGCGGGAUAUACGAGCUGCCCAUAAGCAUCACGGACUCGGGUAACCUGCCCAUGUCCAACACCACCUACCUGCGCAUCAAAGUGUGCCAGUGUGAUCAUCACGGUGACUGCGUGGACAUGGAACGUAUCAUGGCAGCUGGGCUGGGCACCGGAGCCAUCAUUGCCAUACUUAUCUGCAUCAUCAUUCUGUUGGUGCUGGUGCUGAUGUUUGUGAUGUGGAUGAAGAGACGGGAUAAAGAGAGACAGGCCAAGCAGCUGCUGAUCGAUCCAGAGGACGAUGUGCGAGACAACAUACUCAAGUACGACGAGGAGGGCGGCGGAGAGGAAGACCAGGACUAUGAUCUGAGUCAGCUGCAGCAGCCCGAUACUCUGGAGCCAGACAUGAUCAAGCCCGUCGGGAUCCGCCGGCUGGAUGAGCGACCGAUGCACUCCGAGCCCAACUACCCCAUCCGCUCGGCCGCACCCCAUCCCGGAGACAUAGGAGAGUUCAUCCACGAGGGUCUCAAGGCGGCCGACACUGAUCCCACAGCCCCUCCGUAUGACUCCCUGCUGGUGUUCGACUAUGAGGGCAGCGGCUCCACGGCCGGAUCGCUCAGCUCCCUUCACUCCUCCAGCAGCGGAGGCGACCAGGACUAUGACUACCUCAACGACUGGGGCCCUCGCUUCCGCAAACUCGCCGACAUGUACGGAGGCAACGACGACUAGCUUACGCCAUCACCGCAGGACCACAUAAAGAGAAGGAGGAUCCGGAGGAGGAGGAAAAUUUAAAGAAAAAACAUCAAAAAAACUGUGUGGCACUUUUUUUUAAUCGCGGGACGUGGACAGUGUGCAGAAUCAAAACAUUGAAGAAAACCAAUAUACCCUAAAGAGACAGAGAAUGAAGACUGAGAAACGAAGAGACAAGAAAGUGGAAGGAAGAUCACCAUGGCAACAAAACCUGGUCUCUCCGAGGCCCUCUGUCGUAGACGGAGGGGGUCUAAUGAAGGAAAUCUGCCUUGUUUUGGUUCAGUCCAGGAUUUUUUCGCCCUAAGUUUGAAGGAUCAUCGGUACGAAACGAAUGAAGAAACGCUUAAAGAACGUUAAAUGAAUGCUAAGUUACACUUGAAUCUCACAGUACAGAAGCACUGGGAUAUUACGUGCCUUUUUGUACAUUUUUUAAUUUUGUUUCAUUUUUACAUUUUCUUUUCUUUUUCAGUCUUUGUUCAUUUGACCUGAUGAUGCUGUUUUUCUGUUCAAUGGCUUUGGUGGCUCAGAGUUUUGGAGUGUUUUUUUUUUUUUUUUUCGUCGUGAGCCUGUUUAUAACGUUGAUGCUUCUACACGCUUCUGUUUGCGUUUCUCACCGUCACGCUGUUCGUUCACGUCGCGUAUCAAAACAAAGACUUUGGAAGAGUGAGAGCGUCUAGACAGAGAGAACAGCUUUGUACAGUAUGCUAGAAAAUAGAUUUCAGUUUCUCAAUUUUGUUGCGUUUUCUCUUUUUUAACGUAUAUAUUCACCAUUUUUCCACCAAAACGUUAACUUAUGCAGCCAGUUGCAAAAUGGGAGAUGAGCGUUAUUAUUCGGUAGCAGAACUUUUUAAUGCAUUUAUUUUUCUCUCUCUCUUUGCAGGUUUUUCUUUUUUUUUUUUCUUUUUUUUUUUUUUGAAGUGAUUUUAGUAUUUUGCAAAUGAAAAUGUUUUUUUUGUUGUUGUUUUUGUUUUUUCAUGUCAUCUGCCUUAGUCAUUCUGGUAUUCUUUCAUGCCUGGUAUUCUUUAAUUUUUUACUCCACUGUAAAUUAAAUGAUGUGUACAUAGUUUUCGUUUUGUUUCUCCUCAUUUGAUGUAGUCUACGAAGAAGAGCAGGGCGUGAAGAACUUGUAUAUGUAAAAUUUGGACUACAGACAAAAGGAUUUUUGCAUGUUUUUAUCUUUUCCGUAUAAAACAGUCUUUCUGAAAUUUAUUUACACACAAAUAAAGAAAUGCCCACCUCAAUGGAGACUAAAGUGAAUAAGUGACCCAGAAGUGUGGUCCAGAUACCCUUUGCUUUCAUUCUUCCCCUUUCAUAGUGUGUAACAUUUCUUUUUUUGGUUUCGCCCUUUCGGCCCAGUUAAGGACCUUCCAUUUGCCCGUUCUCUGAUUUCAUGGCUUGUCGUUCUUUGUCAAGGAUUCCCUGUUGACCUUCCGCUUCCUUUGUUCUUCUCUGCUAAGUUCUGCAUUUCCAUUGUCUUCUCCCCUGAGCCACUCUCAUGGAUCAUCUGACUUUCGAGGCCAUACUCCUAAAUGCACGAUCUUUCAGGAUCUUCAUGUUUGAACUAAACUGUAAAGGUGGACCGAAGCCCUCAUCAUAACCGUCUCUGCCUAUUAGAGAAUCGUAUUGGUGUGUGUGCGCGUGUGUGUAUCACUGGAUGCUGUCAGAGAGGGCCAAUUAAAAGAGCAGGAUGGAAGAACAAGGCCAGUCCACUCAUGAGGCUCAGCCAUAAGAUGAUUAACAGCUUUUUAAUGAACGAUGGCUGUCCUGAGUUCUGUGGGCUCUGUUUGCAAUGACCUGUUGAUAUUAUGACCCAUUGCAGCCCAAAUGACCAAUAAAAGUCUAAUUUUGGAAAGUUGA